CUUCUGUAUAAAAUAACGCAAGUCUUUUACGUUCGAAGUUGUCCAGUCGUCCUCCUGCUUUGACAGUGUGUGGUUAUUGUUCGUUGUUUUCCAAUCAUUUUCAUUUUACUCUUUUAUAAUUUUGUUAUUGUAAUAAUAUAAAUCAAAUUAUGGCAGAAAAACUACGUAUUUGUAUUGUUGGAUCAGGAAAUUGGGGUUCGACUAUCGCUAAAAUAAUUGGAAUAAAUGCUGCUAAUUUUAGUAACUUUGAGGAUCGCGUUACAAUGUAUGUUUAUGAAGAAAUAAUCAAUGGAAAAAAACUAACAGAAAUUAUUAAUGAGACACAUGAAAAUGUAAAGUAUCUUCCAGGACAUAAGCUUCCGCCCAAUAUAAUUGCAAUUCCUGAUGUAGUAGAAGCUGCUAAAGAUGCAGAUAUUCUAACUUUUGUAAUACCUCAUCAAUUUAUAAGGAGAAUAUGUAGUGCAUUACUUGGAAAAAUAAAGCCUACAGCUAUUGGCCUUUCUCUUAUAAAGGGCUUUGAUAAAAAGCAAGGAGGAGGUAUUGAACUUAUUUCACAUAUAAUUUCAAAACAACUUCACAUUCCUGUUUCAGUUUUAAUGGGAGCAAAUUUGGCUUCUGAAGUAGCAAACGAAAUGUUUUGUGAAACUACUAUUGGUUGCAAGGAUAAAAAUAUGGCUCCUAUACUGAAAGAUUUAAUAGAAACAUCAUAUUUUAAAGUUGUAGUAGUUGAAGAUGUUGAUUCGGUUGAAUGUUGUGGAGCAUUAAAGAAUAUAGUAGCCUGCGGCGCAGGUUUCAUCGAUGGUUUAGGAUUAGGUGAUAAUACAAAAGCUGCAGUAAUGAGAUUGGGCCUUAUGGAAAUAAUUAAAUUUGUGAAUAUUUUUUUCCCUGGUGGAAAAAAAUCUACAUUUUUUGAAAGUUGUGGAGUAGCAGAUCUAAUUGCAACUUGUUACGGUGGUCGAAAUCGUAAAAUUUGCGAAGCAUUUGUAAAAACGGGCAAGAAAAUCUCUGAGUUGGAAAAGGAAAUGUUGAAUGGACAAAAAUUGCAAGGUCCUUUUACUGCUGAAGAAGUAAAUUAUAUGUUAAAAGCGAAAAAUAUGGAAAACAGAUUUCCCCUUUUUACAACUGUACAUCGGAUUUGUAUUGGUGAGACAAUGCCUAUGGAACUAAUUGAACACUUACGCAAUCAUCCAGAAUACAUAGAUGAAACAAGAAAUUAUCAAGAAUGUAAAUGCUCUUUAUGAACUACGCAAAUCAUCUAAAAACAUUAAAAUUUAUAUAAAAAUGAUUUUUAGUUUUUAUAUAUAUAAUUGACAAUUUUAAACUGAAUUUAUGAAUCGAAGAAAGAAAAUAUUAUAUAGAAGAGGAAAUAUAAAGGACCAUGGAUUUUUAUAAAUAUUAUAAUUUUGCCAUAAUUAUUGCCAAAGACAUUAUUAAAUAAUAUUAUAAUUUAAAUUGAUAUUGCUUAUUCUCCAACUUUUUUUUAAAGCUUAUAUUUUCCAUUUGUAUUAAAAAAUAGCUAUAAUGCAUAUAAUAAUUUUGGUACACCUUUAACAAAAUUAUUUAAUCAUGUAAUUAUUUUUUUAGCUGCAUAUAUGAAUAUGAAAUAUAUAAAUAUUUUAUUCAUAAAAUAAAAUUAUAAGUAUAUAAUACAUUUAAAUAUAUUUUGUAUUGUGCGUUAUAUUUUAAUGAAAAUUUUAUGAAAAUUGUUAUAUUUUAGAAAUUAAGAAAAAUCUAUAAACAAAUGUUUUAAAUAUUUCGAUUUUAUGUUGAUAAAUUUCAUUAAUUUAUUGUAAAUUGCUGUACUAAAAUUAAAAUUAAUUUGAACAGUGUAAUAUAGACAUAACAAAUAUACGACUAUUACUUGUUAAUUGAUAAA